GGCUGCCCCACCGCGCUCUCGCCUCGCCACACUCGCCGCCCCCGGGCCCCUCGCCGCCGCCACCAUGGAUGCCAUCAAGAAGAAGAUGCAGAUGCUCAAGCUCGACAAAGAGAACGCCUUGGAUCGAGCUGAGCAGGCGGAGGCCGAUAAGAAGGCAGCGGAGGACAGGAGCAAGCAGCUGGAGGAGGACAUCGCGGCGAAGGAGAAGCUGCUGCGGGUGUCGGAGGACGAGCGGGACCGGGUGCUGGAGGAGCUGCACAAGGCGGAGGACAGCCUCCUGGCCGCCGAUGAGACCGCCGCCAAGCUGGAAGAUGAGCUGGUGUCGCUACAAAAGAAACUCAAGGGCACAGAAGAUGAACUGGACAAAUACUCCGAGGCUCUCAAAGAUGCCCAGGAGAAGCUGGAACUGGCGGAGAAAAAGGCCACCGACGCUGAAGCUGAUGUAGCUUCUCUGAACAGACGCAUCCAGCUGGUUGAGGAAGAGUUGGAUCGAGCCCAAGAGCGCCUGGCAACAGCUUUGCAGAAACUGGAGGAGGCUGAGAAGGCAGCAGACGAGAGUGAGAGAGGCAUGAAAGUCAUUGAAAGUCGAGCCCAAAAGGAUGAAGAGAAAAUGGAAAUUCAGGAGAUCCAACUGAAAGAGGCCAAGCACAUUGCUGAAGAUGCCGACCGCAAGUAUGAAGAGGUGGCUCGUAAGCUGGUCAUCAUUGAGAGUGACCUGGAACGUGCAGAGGAGCGGGCUGAGCUCUCAGAAGGCAAAUGUGCCGAGCUUGAAGAAGAGUUGAAAACGGUGACGAACAACUUGAAGUCACUGGAGGCUCAGGCUGAGAAGUACUCUCAGAAGGAAGACAAAUAUGAGGAAGAGAUCAAGGUCCUUUCUGACAAGCUGAAGGAGGCUGAGACUCGGGCUGAGUUUGCGGAGAGGUCAGUAACUAAAUUGGAGAAGAGCAUUGAUGACUUAGAAGAGAAAGUGGCUCAUGCCAAAGAAGAAAACCUUAGUAUGCAUCAGAUGCUGGAUCAGACUUUACUGGAGUUAAACAACAUGUGAAAACCUCCUUAGCUGCGACCACAUUCUUUCAUGUUAUUUUUGUUGUUGUUUAUUUCGUUUUGUUUUUUAACACCAUGCUUACCAUGAAACCCCUUAAAUGCAUUUUUAUUCACUUUUACCACUGUCACAGAAACAUCCACAAAUACCAGCUACAUCAGGGGGUGGGGGGAACACACACAUACACAUGCAGGCAGGCCCAUGUCAGAGCGACAAUGAUUUAAAUGUGCCAUUCCCCAGGUUGAUGUUGCCAUACUUCGUAGAGAGUUUAGCAACACAGUAUGCUUAGUCAGCCUAGAAAUCCUCACUAAAGCAGAAAGAUUUCCACUCCAAGUGCCAACGAUCUAGUCAACAGGAAGAUUACUUCUGGGAACAGUCAGGUGUGGAUUGGUGCUACUUGAAACAAAAGGUCCCACUGUGGUCUUUCGUUCAAUAUUGUACAAUUUAGGAUUCUGUCCAACACUAAUUUAUUUUGUCUUAAGUUUUACUAUGAGAUGAGAGUAUGGAUUCUGUAUGUCUGAAUUCACUAAAGCCAAGGGUUUGUCAGCCACACUGCUCCUUUAAGACAUCUGUUUCCUUCCAAAUGGCACACUUGGAGCUCAUUUCAACCCAUAGGCCAGCACUCAAUGUGGAUUUCCACUCUUCUUGUUUCUCCGUGUUAAAGUGAAAAUGUAGGCACUACAUUACAACUGAUAAAGAAAAAACAUUUUCUUAAGAGUUAUACUGCAGUAGCCCCCCUUUAUCCACAGGGGAUAUGUUCCAAGACCCCUAGUGGAUGCCUGAAACCGCGGAUAGUACUAAACCCUGUAUACUGUUUUUUCCUAUACAUACAGACCUUUUCACUUAAAGGGAGCACUUCAUGGCUUCUCUUUGGCACAUCCGAAUUGCCAGCAUCACUACUCUUGCACUUUGGGGCCAUUCUUGAGUAAAAUAAGGGUCACUUGAACACAAGCACUGCGAUACUGAGACGGUCGAUCUGAUAGCCAAGACAGCGACUAGGUGGCUCCGGGCGGAGAGCCAGAGUGUGGAGACGGGACAGAGGGAUGACUUACGUUCUGGGCGGGACGGACGGGACAGCGCAAGAUGUCAUGCUACUCAGAACGACGUUCAAUUAAAACAUGAAUUGUUUGUUUGUGAAUUUUUCAUUCAAUAUUUUUCAACCGUGGUUGACCGCAGUUAACUGAAACCAAAGACCGUGGAACCAUGGAUAAGGGGGACUACUGUAUAUAUAAACAUUGUAUAAUGAUAUGGAAUAAAAUGCACAUUGUA